GCAAUGUUCCUCGACGGCCAUUUGGCCGCUCUUUCCCUCGAGGAGAAGUCCGCGACAACACACAGUGUACGUGUGCCCGACGAUGACUCCCCAGCGGUGUCUCCCUCUCUGGCAUGCAUCUAUCGCCAUACUCCGACUCCCACUAUCGUCCUCGAUUCAUCUAUGACUAUCGUCGAGGUCUCUGAUAGUCACCUGGCUUUAUCCGGCAAGACGCGCCAAUCCAUGCUGCAUGCGACCGUUCGUGAUCUCGACCCUGCUGCCGUACCCGCCCCUAAUAUCGCUAUCCUCUGUGGCGCAUUGCGUGCAGCCUGCUCGACGAAGGAAAUUCAGAUAGUCGAGAGAAUUGUGUCUAGCGAUAAAUCUUUGUACAACCUCCGAGUUACUCCGAUUUUCAACGACUUUACCCUGCUUUACAUUGUGUUGGAGGCGCACAAGCUAUCGGUGGAGACCGCCAGCAUUAACCAUGCCUAUACAAACGAAACCUACAAGAUCCUCGUGGAUACCGUCAAAGAGUACGCCAUUUUCAUGCUGGAUACACAGGGCAAUAUCACCACCUGGAACCCGGGCGCUGCCAUUAUGAAGGGAUGGCCAGCGGAGGAGAUCCUUGGCAGACAUUUCUCUGUCUUUUAUAGCCCGGAGGAUCGUCUGGCAGGAAAGCCUCUAAGGGGUCUUGCUGUGUGCUUGCGAGAGGGCCGUAUGGAGGAUGAGGGUUGGAGGUAUCGGCGCGAUGGCUCGCGGUUCUGGGCCAACGUGCUUAUCACCCCCAUCUACCAAUUUGGACAGCAUGUUGGUUUUGUCAAAGUGACCCGAGAUCUCAGCGAGCGCAAAGAAGCAGAGGCGCGCAUAAUUGCUGCUUUCGAAGAGUCAUCACGCCUCAAAACAGACUUUCUCGCUAACAUUAGCCAUGAAAUUCGAACUCCGAUGAAUGGGAUGAAAAUUGCCAUGACUAUGCUGGCCGACACAGGUUUGUCUGCGACACAGCGUGAACAUGCCGCAAUCAUCCAAGACUCUAUGUCACUCUUACUUGAGACUGUGAACGACGUUCUCGACUACUCGAAACUAUCAUCUGGCUCUUUCUCGCUACAUUCCGACGUCGUUGAUGUCAACGAUGUGGUCGGAGCGGUCAUACGAAAUUGUCGCCCCUCGUUGAAGAGCGGCGUGGAACUGACUACGGACAUUGCACCUGACUUUCCCAGAAAUCUUCGAGGGGAUCCCCUACGAUAUCGUCAGAUCUUGCAGAAUUUGGUCGGCAAUGCCGUCAAGUUUACCGAGAGCGGUCAUAUUCGGGUCUCCACAGUGUGUUCUCCGGAUGAACAAGAGGAGGGCUGUUGCCUAGUGCGUACAGAGGUCACAGACACCGGCAUUGGCGUUCCUGACAAUGCAAUGAAUACCCUAUUCACCCCGUUCACACGUUUUGCCAACUCGAGCACUCGACAAUACCAGGGGACUGGAUUAGGCCUUUCCAUUUGCAAAAGCCUGGCCGAACUCAUGGACGGGAAAGUGGGAUAUUCGCCAAACCCCGAAGGCCGGGGCAGUGUCUUCUGGUUUACUGCCAAAUUAGGAGAACGAUCCAGUACUACGUCGCUAAAGCCCCGCAGUCCUGUAUUAACACCUGUGGGGGAUGAUCUCUGCGAUAAAAUGCGGGCCAUUGCACCCCACAAACAUGUCUUGUUGGUUGAGGACAACAUGGUCAACCAUACCAUGAUGCUGAAACUUCUUCGCAGCAUCGGCUUCACGCGAGUGGAUGGGGCCUGGAAUGGUGCCGAGGCACUUUCCAAGAUAAAGAAGAAGCCGUUAUCGUACAACGUCGUUUUGAUGGAUGUCUCCAUGCCCAUCAUGGACGGCCUUGUCGCCACCGGGCAUAUCCGCGACAUGGGCCUACAAAUGCCGAUUAUCGCAGUCACGGGUAAUGCUAUGCAGGGCGAUGCCGAAAGCUACAUUGCCAAGGGCAUGAGCGAUUGCAUCGGUAAACCGGUUCACCGAGAUCAACUACUGAGUGUUUUAUGGAAGUGGAUCGAAUCAUGAUACGAUAUACGUUUGUAAAUGCGUCUGAUUGUUGCAUGAGCGCAGAGCAUGGCGUUUUGGAUGUAUAAAUGGCUGGAUUAUACCUUGAACAAAAACUGCGAUUCUUACAUUGGCUUUUCUUUUGGUUUUGCUUUUAUUAAGUUUAGUUUAUUCUUUGCUUUCUGAUCUUACACUAUUAGCGUUCCAACUACACAUAACCUUACAACAUACAGUCUAGAUAUACGAGAUAAUGGGCUUUGAAGCCGGAAAUUCUUUCAACUCCACGUCUGCAUCUCAGCUAUGUGCGAUUCAAAAAAGACUGUAUCUCUCCACUUGACUAGAAAAUACGUACUAUGCUCGUUCUUUCCCCCUUUGCCUUCUGUCUCUUAGAAUAGCCCUGCUUCGUGUUGUGAACUGUCUUUUCGAAUUCAUUUGUCCCAUUUAAAUACUUCUGUUUCGUUCAAUUGCGAAAACCAACCCUCUUCCGUAUAUCACACAUAGUACAGUUUCAGCGAAUCAGAGAGUAUCUGUUCUGCCUCAGCGUCUAUAGCAGUUAAAUCCCAUCUGUAUCUAAGCAUAAAUACUUUGAACACAACCA